AUGUGCAUCUCGCUCAUAUCCACAGCACAUCCAGACUACCCUUUCAUACUACUCAACAAUCGUGACGAAUUCCUCAAUCGUCCGACAGCUCGAGCAGAUUGGUGGGAGUCACUUAACCAGCACAUUCUUGGAGGACGGGAUCUGCAGAGGCAGAUCCGAGGCACAUGGCUUGCCAUCACUCGAGAUGGACGUAUAGCGAACUUGACAAACUUUCGUGACGAGGGUGUCGAGGUCUCACGAAAUAAGAGCCGUGGAGGGCUUGUAAAUUCUUAUGUGACCACGCCACCUUAUCCUGAUCCCCACGAUGAGUCCUUCAUCCGAAGUCUUGUCGACGAUUUUGGCAUCCAAGAUGUCGGAGGGUUCACCCUCUUAUUCGGUCGCUUACGCAAGCCCAAGGACGGCAAGGUUACCGGACUAGGCGUGAUAUCAAACCGAACCGAAUCUAGUGCAGACACGGAACGAAUAUGCACAGAAAGAGAUCAAACCAACGGGCUCAGCAACAGCCACUACGGUGAUUCAAGUUGGCCGAAAAUCGUGCACGGCGAGCAACUGCUCAAUCAAGCCAUCAAGACGUCUGUCAGCCGGAGGGACGACGAAGACCAAUUCAUUGAAAGUCUGUUUGACAUCUUGUCUGUCGACACGCUACCACGGCCACAGGAUAAUGAGCCAUGGCAGUCAUAUACUCGACAACUUCGCAAUUCGAUUUUCAUUCCGCCCUUUGGUGGCGAGGACGUCGAGAAGAAGCCAGCUGAUAAGAUUGCCGCUGCCAAUGGCACAAGCACACCUGAUCAAAGUACUGUAACGGUUGGUGAAGAGGGUGAAGUCACAUUCAUCGAACGGUCUUUGCACGACGGGAAGGACGUGGAACCAGAAUUCAGUGAUCGAGACAGGAGGUUCGAGUUCAAAAUAGACGGGUGGGAGCAUUGA